CCGGGAGGAAGGACUUCCGGCGCGUUUCCGCGGUGCGGGAGGGUGGCCCGAGUCCCGGGGCUGGAGCGCGACCCCCGCCGCUGGGCGCUGCUCUGCCCGCUUGUGGCUCGCGGGGGGCCGGAUUCAGGACCGCGGCGGCUCGGCAGGCCCCAGGAGCAACCGUCGCGGAGCCUCGGGCGGCCCGGGACACGCGGGCUGUUCUAGAAGACCGGGCCGUCCGCCGCCAGCCCCAUGGCUGCCAUGCAGAUGGACCCUGAGCUUGCCAAGAGCCUCUUCUUUGAGGGGGCCACCGUGGUCAUCUUGAACAUGCCCAAGGGCACAGAAUUUGGCAUCGACUACAACUCCUGGCAGGUGGGGCCCAAGUUCCGGGGUGUGAAGAUGAUCCCGCCGGGCGUCCACUUCCUGCACUACAGCUCCGUGGACAAGGCCAACCCACGGGACGUGGGCCCUCGCAUGGGCUUCUUCCUGAGCCUGCAGCAGCGCGGGCUGGUGGUGCUGCGCUGGAACGCGCUCCGCGAGGAGGUGGACCUCAGCCCCGCCCCGGAGGCCGAGGUGGAGGCCAUGCGGGCCAACCUGCAGGAGCUGGACCCGUUCCUGGGCCCUUACCCCUAUGGCACACUCAAGAAGUGGAUCUCGCUCACCAACUUCAUCAGCGAGGCCUCCGUGGAGAAGCUGCAGCCUGAGAGCCGGCAGAUCUGCGCCUUCUCCGAGGUGCUGCCCGUGCUGUCCAUGAAGCACACCAAGGACCGGCUGGAGCAGAACCUGCCGCGCUGCGGCACCGAGUGCAAGAGCUACCAGGAGGGCCUGGCCCGGCUGCCCGAGAUGAAGCCCCGGGCCGGGACGGAGAUCCGCUUCUCCCAGCUGCCCACGCAGAUGUUCCCGGCAGGUGCCACACCGGCCGAGAUCACCCGGCACAGCAUGGACCUGACCUACGCCCUGGAGACUGUGCUCAGCACGCAGUUCCCCGGCAGCCCCCAGGAUGUACUCGGGGAACUCCAGUUUGCCUUCGUCUGCUUCCUGCUCGGGAAUGUGUACGAGGCUUUUGAGCACUGGAAGCGACUCCUGAACCUCCUGUGCCGCUCAGAAGAAGCCAUGACCAGGCACCACGACCUCUACACGCACCUUAUCUCCAUCCUGUACCACCAGCUCGGAGAGAUCCCUGCAGACUUCUUCGUGGACAUUGUCUCGCAGGACAACUUCCUCACCAGCACCUUACAGGUUUUCUUCUCCUCCGCCCGCAGCGCCGCCGUGGACGCCACCCUGAGGCAGAAAGCGGAGAAGUUCCAAGCGCACCUCACCAAGAAGUUCCGCUGGGACUUCGAGGCGGAGCCCGAGGACUGUGCCCCUGUGGUGGUGGAGCUCCCCGAGGGCGCGGCUACCGGCUAGCGUGGGGGGCCCCCGGGCUCCCCAUCACCCCUUCCUGGGUCCAUAACACCAGAGCCAGAGUUCCCUCUUCGUCUGUACAUAAAUUACUUCAGUGCCACAGCAGCUGUCCCCGUCCGGCAGGCACGAGUGGGGCUUCCCCGCAGCCUCGCCUCGGUGCUAUGGUGACUGGAUCCCUGAUGCUCUCACGGAAGCUCCUGGGUGAGAGAGACCCACCUCACCUCAGAGUUGGAGGGAGAGACAGCCCUGACUCUGGGAGAACUCGUUGCUUUUUUUUCCCAGAAGCAACAAGAAAGCCUGGACUUUCUCCUCUCAGGGGCCUGAGGAGUCGUUUGGGAAGUUAGAGGAUCAGGGGAUCCUGAGUGCAGAUCCGUCCCGGCCAGCUUGGCUGUGUUCUCCCCCGAGGCUCAGACUGGGAGGGACAUCACACAAGGUGACGGUUAGCUUGAGUCUGACAAAUGGUCAGUUUUGGUUUUCUCCACCUUUUUGCUAGUUUGGUUGGUUUGGGGGCCACUUCGAUAGUGCCCAGAGCUCACCUCCGGCUCUGCACUCGGGACCGUAUGGGGUACUGGAGAUCAAACCCAGGCUGGCCACAUGCCAGGCAAACACCCUACCCAGUGUGCUAUCCCUCUGGCCCUGUUUUCUCCAUCAUGGGCCUUUUUUCACAUAUCUGGGAGGCAGAAGGUGGGGCGAGGGGGGCGAUGGUUGUGCAGCCGCCCAAACCCUGCCCAUCUCUUCUGUUCAGAAGCUCCAGACCCACAGAGGGUCUUGACAACCCUCCCAAUGGGCAUGUCCCCUCCACAGACACUUUGGUGAUCUGACAAUUCAACCCAGAAAGGGGAAAAAAGCUUCUUGGGACCAGGGAGAGAGAACAGGGUUAAGGCACUUGCCUUGCUUGGCGCCGACCCUGGUUUGGUCCCUGGCACUGCCAGGUGUGGCCCAGCACCCCGUCCCCACCCCCGAAAUAAGUGACUUGCUCUGGCUGUCUUUUUAUCCCUGCUGAAGUUUUGGGGACCUGCUCAGGUCGGGCUUCCUGGCCCUGAGGUGGAACUGGCAGAGGGAGGCCCGAGGGGCCGUCCAUCAGCACAGGGGUCCGGCCACCCUGACCUCAAGCUCUUGUGCUCUGAUCACGUCCCUCCUCCAGCCUCUCAUCCCUCCUCCAGCCUCUCCCAGGCAGUGCUUGGCCAAGCCUCUGAGUGCGGAUCCCUGCUGGUAAAGACCCUCGAUCCACUUGUUUCCCUGGAGAUGUUUUUCCUAGAGGAUAAUGUACAUUAAAGUCUUGGAGUGGAGACUAAAUCCCUCUGUGCGAGUCUCUUUGUUAACCUGUCCAGCCCCCAGGGCAGCCAGGCUGCUGCGCAUGCGCAUGGCUCAGCUGUCUCCCGGCAGCCCCAGGUGUGGGCAGCCGGCACCGGUUCCUGUGAGCAGAGCGGCUUCAGGGAGCGCACGCCCACGCCUGGACCCCUGGUCUGGCUUGCACAGUUUGUCGCUCCCUCAGCUACAGUCUGAACAUCGAGUGAGAGACCGUCUUCACAGAACUGUCAUUGCAUUUAUGGUUAAACUUGUACGUCCACGUGUGCAGGCGAGCCUCGGGUGGGAGGGGCGCUUUAUUCCUUUAUUCCCAAGGAUAAGGGAAUGACUGUGGUGUUUUUAUAAUAAGCACAAAUUUGA